AUGGAGUUUGGAGACGUUCCCAGAGGCAAGACAAUAUUAUAUUCACAUGCCGACAGAAUUGCUACGAAUGAGGUCGUGGAGAAGAAAAACACCAUUAUCUUGGCUUUAAUGUCGUCGAAUAAUCAAUGUGUCUGUGGUAUGCCUGUUGUUGUCGUGGCAAACAAGACGGAGAUCAUGGAGCCGUUUUAUAUUCGCUAUGUGAAUUUGACUCUUAACCAUGUAGAAUCCCCCCCACGAAAACAAAGUCCACCACCUAUUGUUACCUCGCCUCCUCGAAGAAAGAAGUACAAGUCAGAAACAUCUUCGACUGAAACAACCACAAGUGCGUCUACCUCGCACCAGCCUCAAGUAAAAAAGACGUCAUAUGUCAAGCGACACAUUAACCAGAAAAAAGAUAAACCACAUAUAGGGUUUAGUGGUGGGGAGGACAUGGUAAAUGAAGAUGAGGAAGAAACACAUUACCAUGGUACGGGGAUGAAUUAUGAUGAUACAUUUAUGCAUGGUUUGGAGGGGGAAUUUGGGCCUACAACUAUGGGGAAAUAUGUUGAGCCGUUGCCGGAUGUGGUUCAACAUCACAAAAAACAGUCACUUUUAUUGUUAGGAAGCAACGAACAAAGGGUCUUUCACGGUAUCAGUGGACGCCGUACACAGUGGUAUUAA